GCAGUUCAAGUGGUAUAGUUCCGAAUACUAGUGUCCAGUAGUCCAACUGAAUUGAGGAUAAGAUGAAAUUUGUUACGUUGGUGACUAUUUUAGUGCUGGGAACUGUCUAUAGUGCACCGACAGAUGAUGAACACAUUGCAGGACCUAAGUCGGACGAGGCUGCUGAGGAACGAAUCUUCGAUUUAAGCAGAAAAUCUCGGCAGUUGUUAGGAUCUAGUUUCGGUUACUCUCCGUAUGGCAACGGCAUUAAUCAAGGAAUCGGAGGAAUCGGAGGUUAUCCGUACUCGUACAACCAACUAGCGACGGGGUAUUCUGCAUUUCCAGCAGCUGGUGGAUAUCCGUAUGGUGGGUACGGAGGCGGACAGUAUGGCGGCUACGGUGGAUUGUACGGGAAUGGACUGUAUUCCAAUGGUGGAUUAUACGGUGGCAACGGAUUGGGAUUCAGUCCCUUAGCUGGUGCCUACAGUUCGACUCUUUACAACGGCGCGCAACCGCUGUAUAACGAUCCUUACAGCCCCUUUCCAAACAGAGGAUUUUUUCCCGGCUCACCUUACUAUAGACGACCCUACUGAUGAUGACGAAGUGCCAGAUGAUGAAUGGGUAGAGUGAAUCGGAACAUGUUUUGUCGCUACAUAGAAAAUUCGGAAAUAUAGAA